GAGAGACAAAAUAGUUUCCUCGGAGUCAAAAUACGGUAUAGCCGGCAGCGGCGACGACAAAAGUGUUUGCUCUGUAGAUCAAUCAUUUUUCACUCGUGAAACACGAGAGGAAAGUAUCAGGGUCAUCCACCUUUAACAGGAUAAGAACAUGUAGGGUCACUAGAUCGUGCUAAGAUACUCGGCAUUCCAUCAGUACUUCUGAAUCUUGAUCCACCCCUCAAGUCUCAACAGAAGGGAAAGGUUUUUCUUUUUGGGCCUUCCCAGUCUUUUGGGUGUUUUUCCUCUCUGUUUGUUCAGUCGGUUACUUUAGUGGAGUCCAUAAGUCACGGAUGAGGUAGGAAAAGUGGCCGACGGUUCAACAACACACCAAACCAUUCAAGAAUUAAGCCAAAAAUUGCAGAGCAAACUAUACGUAUUAAGUGCAACUGUCCUCUCUCUCUCUCCCUCACACACACACACACACACAUUGAAGUUCACGCCCCCAUCAUUCUCGUAUCAGUGUCAGCAAACUAUACGUAUUAAGUGCAACUGUCCUCUCUCUCUCUCUUACACAUUGAAGUUCACGCCCCCGUCAUUCUCUUAUCAGUGUCCUGACUCCUGACUCCUGACUCCUGCUCCUGGACUGCUCCUGCAACGCCUCCCUCUCUUUUGUCUGUGUUACAACCUUCCCACGUACAGACAGAGAGAAGCAAAGUUCUUCCAAAGCAGCAAUCAAGGAACCAGAGAAAUCUCAAUUAUUACAUCCACCGCACGUUCUCUGCUUUCACAGUGUCCGCCACUGUCCCUGCUGAUGAUUGACGAAUCCAUAUCACUCUGUGUUUGUACAUUAGUGUACUUUGAGCAAGCGAGAGUCAUCAAUUCCCAACGUCGAUCGUUUGCAUUCCCAAAAGCCAUGGAGAAGAAGUACCACUCUUACGUUAACUUAUUUUUUUGCAUGCUCUUGAGUGUUGCUUCUACUGAAGGAGCUCCAAAAGAGUCUCUCGUCACGUCUUUACCCGGCUUCACUGGCACUUUUCCUUCACACCACUACUCCGGGUACGUGAACAUUGAUGACAAUCCAGCAGGAAGAAAUCUUUUCUACUACUUGGUCGUGUCGGAAAGAAAUUCCGCCGAAGACCCGAUUGUGUUAUGGCUGAAUGGGGGGCCUGGAUGCUCCAGCUUUGACGGCUUUGUCUACGAACACGGGCCAUUCAACUUCAAAGCAGGAAAGACUAGAAGUGCCCUUCCAACAUUGCAUUUGAAUCCAUACAGCUGGUCCAAGGUUUCAAACAUUGUAUACUUGGAUUCGCCCUGCGGAGCUGGCCUGUCAUAUUCGACGAACUCUAGUAAUUAUGAUACAGGAGACCUACAAACAGCCGCUGCUACUCAUGCUUUCCUACUGAAGUGGUUUGAGCUAUUCCCAGAGUUUAUCAAUAACCCAUUUUACAUUGCUGGAGAGUCUUAUGCCGGAGUUUAUGUGCCUACUCUUGCAGCUGAAGUAGUAAAGGGUAUAAGUGAAGGUGCUAAACCAGUUAUCAAUUUCAAGGGUUACAUGGUGGGAAAUGGGGUAACAGAUGCGAAAUUUGAUGGCACUGCCCUUGUACCGUUCGUGCAUGGAAUGGGGCUAAUUUCAAAUGGUAUCUUUCAUGAAGUUUAUGCAAAUUGUGGGGAACUCUACUACUACAACGAUAGUAAGGGUUGUUUGGCUAGCCUGGGUAAAGUGAACAAGGCAAUCAGCAGUCUGAACAUAUAUAACGUCCUCGAACCAUGCUAUCAUGAUCCGGCGAACAAGCAAGAUACAAAUUGGAGCAUCAUCUUACCAUUAAGCUUCCAGAAGUUGGGAGUAACUGAGAGGCCUCUUGCUGUGAGGAAGAGGAUGUUUGGUCGUGCUUGGCCUCUGUGGCUACCUGUUAGAGAUGGCACUGUUCCAUUAUGGCCUCAACUGGCUGAAAAGUUUCACAUUGCCUGUGUUAAUGAUGAAGUUGCAACUUCCUGGCUGAAUGAUGACCAAGUUAGGGAAGCAAUUCAUGCAGCAUUGGUAAAUGUGUCAGGUCCGUGGGAACUAUGCACUGGAAGAAUAAAGUAUCGUCGGAACUCUGGAAGUAUGAUACCUUACCACAAGAAUCUGACUACCCAGAAUUAUCGCGCAUUAAUUUUCAGAUUUGAAAUAUUUUGAAGUUAAGAGAAACAGUCAUUUCUUUCUUAUCUCAUGGUUCUGGAUGAUUCUCUUGCUAUCAGUAUCCCAGGGACAACAUUAUUUUCUAGACCCACCAUGUUGAGCUCCACGACUGUCUAUUUGACUAGCCUUUUCCUGUCAUCUCAAACUCGUGGCAUUAUAUUGCUUUCUAGGCCCACCAUGUUGAGCUUCGUUCGUGUCUAUUUGACUAGCCUUCCCCAGUCAUCUCAAACUAGUGGCAUUCUGAUUGCACAUGAUGCGAACCACAGGCCAAGAUUUUAAAUAAUUAAGUCAUUUAAGAAGUUACAGACUUGAGAGUUCAUUUUCCCUUCUUCAUAAUAGCCAUUCAUCCUCAGGUUGACUCACGAUAGAGGAAUGUGAUUUUUCUGUCACCAAAGUAGCAGGCAAUACACGAUCUUCUUUCCUUUUUUCUGGUUUUUCUUUUGUUUCUUGAGCAGCACCAAGAAUUUGAAGAUCCCAAAAAAAGUAAAAAUUAUGUUCUUUUC